UUGACAUUGCAACUAUUGAAAUGGCUAAGAUUUGCGUCAUUCCAAUUUUCAUUAUUGGGCUUCUCUUUACAGGCUUAGAAUGUCUUUCGCAAGGAAUUUUUCAACCCUAUACAGAGGAGAGUCUAGAAGAGCGAAGCCACACUGUAGAGUCACACCAAUUCCAACCAGUCAAUGCAGUGACAUAUGAUGGACCUAAAAAGUGUAUUAAAGUGUUCAAUCAAACUACGCAGUGCAACCCUACGGAUUGUCAAACUCUUUGUGCUCCGUAUCCUGAGGGUAAUGGAUUUUGCAUGAGAAUGGAUCCUAAUAAAUGUUUCUGUAUAUGGAAAUGUGUACCCGGUAAAUAAAAUACUCAUGUACCCAAGGUCUU